AUGAAACCCAAUGCCAACAAGAACUUUGUUCGCGAUAGCCACUUCGUCCGCCUAGAUACAGCUCCCAAGGCGACUGAUCCAGCACCGAUCCGUCCAUCAUACAGCGAGGUCCUCACUCCACCAGUUCAAAACAAACCAAAUGCUGCAGCAGUAAGUCACACACGUGCAGCACUGGCAAACAAGAUCAACAAGCGCAAGCCGGUGCUUGUGUCUGGGUCAAAGCCAGCUUCUGAUACUAGCAAAACUUCCCAAGCAGCGAAUGCUGCUAUCAAGCAAAACACAACGACUGCUGAUGAGAGCUUCAGUUCUGUGAAAAGGGUAGCCAUAACAAUUUCCAAGCGGCAGCGCGUCUCUAAAGAGACUAAACCCCCAGAGCGCUCAGCUGAAAGGCUGGGAACGGAGCCAAAUCUUACUAAGAACAUCAGAGAAACCGUAUCCAAGCUUGCAGUCGAGUUCAUCACGGACACACCUGUUGGGACAUCACCGCCAUCCACUAUCUUUCACGAAGCCUUCGCAGUACCUUCUCCCGUCGAUGUAGUCGAUAAGCUUAGUCAAGAUGAUGAGACUGACGCUCCCUACAAGCUAGGAGCUAUUCUGAGCUUUUCGGAAGUAAAUCAGGAUAAGACAGAUGCUGCAGGAAAACCCGUAGCCACGUCUAUCAAGGAUGCUGUAAAUGUCCCUGAGUCUAAACUGGAGACUUGUGGCAUUGCGAAGAAGUUGUCAAGCCCUAUCUUGGAUACAACUGGAAUAUUAGAAGAGAAGAAAGGUGUUCCCGGGAUCGUAAAGAGGGCGUGGAGGUCUAAGAAGGGUUAA